AUGGCGUGGUGGGAUUACGGCUACCAGAUCACCGGAAUCGCGAGGCGCACUUCCAUCGCCGACGGCAACACCUGGAACCACGAGCACAUCGCGACGCUCGGGCGCACCCUGACCAGCCCCGAGCGCAAAGCGUGGGAAACGAUUCGCCACCUCGCCGACUACGUUCUGGUGUGGGCUGGUGGAGGCGGCGACGACCUGGCCAAGUCACCGCACCUGGCGCGCAUCGGCAACUCGGUCUUCCCCGACCACUGCGGUGACGAUGACCCUAAAUGCAGCAAGUUCGGCUUCUACGGGGACGACACCCCGACGAAGAUGAUGGCGAGGUCCCUGCUCUACAAACUAUGCCAGUUCGGAGUUGACGACAAAGUCAGCGUGGACCCGAGGCUCUUCCAGCUGGUCCACGAGACCGAGCGCGGCUUGAUGAGGGUGUACAAGGUCCAGAACGUCUCGCAGGAGAGCAAGGACUGGGUCGCGGACCCCCAGAACAGGGAGUGCGACGCGCCGGGUAGCUGGUACUGCGUGGGCAAGUAUCCGCCCGCGCUGGAGCCGCUGAUCACGAAGAGGCGCAACUUCGCACAGCUGGAGGACUUCAACAGCAAGGGCGGCGAGAAGAGCGCCUACGCCAAGCUCAUCGAGAGGGAGAGGAGGGGGGAGCUGUGA